AUGGUUAGAUCAUAUGGAGUGCCGCAACACCUUAUCCAGCUAAUAAAGAGUUUCUACAACAACUUCAAGUGUACAGCUGGUAACAGUGAUCUACACUUCCAAGUAAAAACAGGCGUCCGUCAAGGCUGUGUUAUGUCAGCAACACUUUUUAUCAUAGCCAUUGAUUGGGUAAUGCGUCAGACAACAUCAGAUUCCAACAGAGGCAUUAGAUGGGACAUAUACUCAACACUAGAAGAUCUAGACUUCACCGAUGACAGUACCAUGCUCUCUCACACGCAUCAGCACAUACAAGAGAAAACCAACAGGCUACAAAAUUAUGCAGGACAAAUUGGAUUGAACAUCAAUGCCAAGAAGACAGAAAUCAUGACAUUGAACAUCAGUAUACCAUCACCAGUUAUGUUAGGCGAGCAAGAACUGCCUAAUACCAACAUUUUCACAUACCUUGGCAGCGUGGUAAGCACAGAUGGUGGUGCAGAGGCAGAUAUCCAACUAAGACUGCAAAGCAAGGACAGCCCUCAAGAACCUACAAACUGUAUGGAGAUCAGGACAGUACACCAUCCGCACUAA